GGGUGGCCUGGCUUGCUGAGAAUCUGGCAGAAGAGAGACCGUGGAGUAGAGAAGGAAAAUGUCCUCAGCAGUCACAGCCGGCAGGAGCAGGAAAGACGCCAUACCACGGCAAGCAUGGAGCCUGCUCAGCUCAAUGCAGCAGUCAUGAACAUUGUAAACACCUCGCGCGUUCUCGUGCAGUUUAUGCUGAACCAGAACCUGCAAAACCAGGUGAGGAGGAGGCGGCGAUUGCAGCACGGUGACAAGAGUGAUGAGGACAUGGACACAGAAUUCUCUCAAACCGCAGGCCCCAGCGCUUUGGAGAUCAUGGUGUUAAUGGGGCAGGUUCUAUCCAUGGAACGCCGAUUCUGGGCCCGGGAAACAAGCACAGACUGGUGGGACCACAUAGUGUUCCAGGUGUGGGACGAUUCCCAGUGGCUGCGAAACUUUCGCAUGCGUAAGGGCACUUUCAUGAAACUUUGUGACUUGCUUUCCCCUGCCCUGAAGCACCAGAAUACCAAGAUGAGAGUAGCCCUCACAGUUGAGAAGCGAGUGGCGAUAGCCCUGUGGAAGCUUGCAACGCCAGACAGCUACCAGUCAGUCGGGAAUCAAUUUGGAGUGGGCAAAUCUACUGUGGGGGCUGCUGUGAUGCAAGUAGCCAAAGCAAUCACUGAGCUGCUGCUACCAAAGAUAGUGACUCUGGGAAAUGUGCACGUCAUAGUGGAUGGCUUUGCUGCAAUGGGAUUCCCUAACUGUGGUGGGGUGAUAGAUGGAACCCAUAUCCCUAUCUUGGCACCAGACCACCAGGGCAGCCAGUACAUAAACCGCAAGGGGUACAUUUCAAUGGUGCUGCAAGCACUGGUGGAUCACAAGGGACGUUUCACCAACAUCAACGUGGGAUGA